GCUUCAGUGUGAGGAUGGAACCAUGAGUGCUCGGGUGUUGUUCCUGUGUGCGGCCUCCGCUCCCUCACUUUUACUUGUACUAGUAGCCAUAGUGUCGGCUCAACAUUUGUGUAACCACGUCCACCCAAAACCAGAUGAGGUAGUGUUGGGUGUACACCUGGAGGCAGCACACGAGGUGAGGAAGAGAAGCGUGGACCAGCCUCUCAGGAUCUCUCUCUACUACGACGACUCCGUCUAUGGGUUAUCACGGGAAAAAUACGACCUUAUUCACGAGAAUGUGAUGCCAUCAGCUGUGUCGUACUGGCAACAGGCACUCAUGGUGAGACGCACAGAGAGUGUCAUCAGACUCAACAGGAGAUGUGAGAAGAAUCAGGUGUUUCUGAUCAAGGGUGAACCCCACCCUUUCUGCAAGAGCAGGUGUGAACCCAUCACUAUGUGUGGCGAGGUACAGGUGCCUGAGGAACACCUUCAUGCUUGCCGUGUUUGCAACACACUGGGUCAGAACUGUCGGGUGGUGAACAAGGAAGAAGGAGAAGGUAUUAAUGGUGCAGACUUUGUGUUCUACAUCUCAGCCUUGGAGACAGAGCGCUGCAAGAGAGGCUACACUGUAGCUUAUGCUGCACACUGCCAGCAGGAGGCUGCUCUUGACAGGCCAAUUGCUGGUCAUGCCAACCUCUGCCCCGGUGCUAUCAGUACAAAAGUCCAAGAACUGGAGACACUUAUAUCAACAGUUAAACACGAGAUUCUUCAUGCCUUGGGCUUUUCUAUUUCCCUCUAUGCCUUUUAUCGAGAUGAUGAUGGAAAUCCUCUUACAAAUCGAGCAGAAAAUGGCAAACCUGUAUUAAAUGAAAUAUUACAAGCGAGGCAAUGGAGUGACAGAGUCAUCAAGCGUGUAGUGAGACCCAAGUGGGCAGUUCGAGGCGGAGUUACAUUAAAAGAAGUCAAUAUGGUUGUCACUCCAAGAGUGAGAGAAGAGGUUCGCAGUCAUUUCAACUGUCCUGACCUGGAAGGUGCUGAACUAGAGGAUCAAGGUCACGAAGGCACUGCCCUCACUCACUGGGAAAAAAGAGUCUUUGAGAAUGAAGCAAUGACAGGAACCCACACCCAGAAUCCUGCAUACUCUCGUAUCACCCUGGCACUGAUGGAGGACACUGGGUGGUACCGAGCCAACUACCACCUUGCUCAACCUCUCAAGUGGGGACACCACCUCGGCUGCACGUUUGCCAUGAAAAGUUGUAAGGAAUAUAUGGAGGAACAAACUAAAAAAGGUAAAAGCAUUCAUCCAUUCUGCAACAAAGUCAAAAGAGACCCAUUAGAGACUGACUGCACUGAGGACCGAAGCUCUGUUGCUCUCUGUAACUUAAUAGAACACAAAAACCAGUUGCCAUUGCAUUACCAAAACUUUGGAGUGAUUCCCCAUGUAUCAGCACACAGAGUUGGUCACUAUGGAGGCUCUGUAGCUCUUGCUGAUUACUGCCCCUACAUACAAGAGUUUACCUGGAAGAGUCAAGAUGUUAUUAUUCGGGGUUCACACUGCCAGUAUGAGGAAAAUAACCCAGAUGCAGAAAAGAACUUUGCUCUGGAAUCAUACACAGAAGAAAGCAAAUGUUUUAACCAGCAACGAGAAUGGACUGAGCGCACUUGCUACCACCUUAGACAGUGGCAGCACUGGGGCUCUGGCUGCUAUCAGUAUAUGUGUGUUGAUGGUAGAUUGCACAUUAUUGUUGCAAACCAUACAUAUACUUGCUAUCAUCCUAAUCAGGUAUGAAUGAAAUUAAUUAUAUAUGCAGUAGUUUACAUCCAACUCUCAGUCCGUGUGUGUUCAAUAUUCUCCAAUCAGUUUUUCAUGCGUUAUGAAUUCAGACUUGGCCUCUCUUAUCCAUCCUUCAGUUCAGACAAAUAAAAUCAUGCCUCUUAUGCCCCUCUUACAGUAUCAAAAAUAAAAAAGUUACUUUAAUCCAGACCUAGAGCUUUUUUGCCAUACCAAGGUAGGAUGACCCCAUAGAGGAAACAAAUUCUCCAUAAUUUAUUCAAUGGCUGUAUUUCCAGAAAAGCAUUAACAUCACAAUUCAAAUGGCUCUCUGAACUACAGCAUCUCCAAAUUGCCCUUCAGAGUGCCAGCACUGUACCUCCCGCAUCCAGGACUUAAGUCCGGCUAGCUGAUUUACUCUGAGUCCCUUUAUAAAUGUUGUCU